AUUUUGGCUCAAGCCGUUUCGGUACAUCGCGUGCGUGCCGCGGCGCUCUUCGAAGCGGCGUUGCCGCGGCGGGCCAUGGCGGGCGUCCAGGAAGGUGGGGAUGAUCGGCUUUGAGCACUCUCGCGAGCAUUGCAACCUUGGUGGCGCGAAGUUCGUCAUCCUGCGUUGUGAUGAUCAAGGCUUGGUGUCCUCUCCUGUGCAAGAACGCGACCACUGCCGAGAAGUGUUGGCUUUUCGGCAAGGUCGUUUUCAUAGGUAUGAUCAAGACCCGCCAAAAGUAUGCGAUCAAGGCCGGGAAGCGAGGGCUCUUCGGCAAGGCCGUGCUGGUGGAAAUGGUCGUCAUCGUGAGGGUAGUCUUCAUGAAGGGGUGGCCAACACCAGGAGGAGUAUCUAGAGCUGUUUGCAGCAGGGCAAGCCGUCUUCAAGGUCGAGGCCCGAGAGGCGUCUGCCUAGGUAGCGGGCCUUGCAGACCAAGGCGUUUCAUCAGAUCCCUCAGAUCCCUCCUCCUCCUCAUUCUUUUUCCUGAUCCUCCCCCUCCUCCU